GCGGAGCGACGUUUAUGGGCGACGCACCUUCCUGGCUGCACCUCUCUCCCACCCACCCACUGCCGGCUCUGCAGAUUUCCUGGUUCCGGGAACUGGACUUUUAUUGGCGGUGCAAAGUCUAGGAGAGAGAAGCCUCUGUUCAUAGCCAAAUGACUAAAGGCAUCCUUACACAGUCUGAGGUGAUCCAAGAGAAGGGGAAAGAGAUGGAGGAGCAGAACCCAGAAGGACCUGAAACUGGCAAGACAGCGGGGAAAGGCCCCUAUCCCAUCCAAGCUGGGAGCGGUGUUGCAUUCUGGGAGAUCCCAGAGAUCCAUGUUCAGCUCACUGCAGUCUUAGAUGUGCACUGCCGACGUUUCCGGCAAUUCCGGUAUCAUGAGGCUGAUGGGCCUCGAGAGGUUUGCAGCCAGCUCCAUGGACUCUGCAACAAGUGGCUGAAGCCGGAGAGGCACACCAAGAAGCAGAUCCUGGACCUGGUGAUCCUGGAGCAGUUCCUGGCCAUCCUGCCCCAGGAAAUGCAGUGCUGGGUCAGAGGAUGUGGGCCGGAGACCAGUUCUCAGGCGGUGGCCCUGGCCGAAGGUUUCCUCCUGAGUCAGGCAGAUGAGAAGAGGCGCGCAAAACAGAUGUGGGUACUAUCCAUGGAGAAGGAAGCUACAUUCCCUGAGGUGGAAGGAACUUCCAUGGAACAAGAGCACGAUACACUGGCCAUGAAACGUGGCCAAGAUGCCCUCUCUUGUGGUAGUGAAGAGAUGCUGUUGAGCCAUCGUUUUAUCAGAGGUGUGGAAAUGGCUGCUACACCUCCAGCUCAGGGUCCCUUUUCCUUUGAGGAGGUGUCCGUCGAUUUCACUGGGGCAGAGUGGACCCUGCUGGAUCCGGGACAAAGAGCUCUGUUCAAGGAAGUUAUGCUGGAGAAUUAUGGGAACGUGGCCUUUCUGGAGGAUGAUCAGAGGUGUGAGGAGAGUAAAGAACUUUAUCAGCAAAUGCCAGACAGAGUUAAAAAUGAAGACCUGAAAGAAAACAUCAGGACUCAAGGUCAACCUAAGAGAAGGAAAAGCAGCCUUUUGGCUGAAAAGCAAAAUGUAAGAAAGCUUAAUGUACAUUUCCCAAAGUCCAGGAUAAUGAAGGCUAGUAAUUCCAUUCAGUGUGGAAAGUCCUUCAGAAAUAGAUCACAGCUCCUUGUGCAACAAAGAACACACAGAGAGGAGAAACUUUUUGAAUGCUCAGUGUGUGGAAAGAGAUUUACUAGGAAUUACACUCUUCAAGUGCACCAAAGAACCCACACAGGGGAGAAACCUUUUGAAUGCUCAGAGUGUGGAAAGAGAUUCAGUAGGAAUAGCACUCUUCGAGUGCACCAAAGAACCCACACAGGGGAGAAACCUUUUGAAUGCUCCGAGUGUGGAAAGAGAUUCAGUCAGAAUAGCCAUCUACAAGAGCAUAAAAGAACGCACACAGGGGAGACACCCUUUGAAAGCUCUGUGUGUGGAAAGAUAUUCAGUCAGAGUGUUACUCUGAAAGGGCACCAAAGAACUCACACAGAGGAGAAGCUUUUUGAAUGUUCAGUGUGUGGAAAGAGAUUCACUUCGAGGGGGGGUCUUCAACAGCAUCAGAAAACGCACACAAUGGAGAAACCUUUUGAAUGCUCAGAGUGUGGCAAGAAAUUCAGCAGGAGUGCCCAUCUUCAGGAGCACCAAAGAACCCACACAGGGGAGAAACCUUUUGAAUGCCCAGAGUGUGGAGAGAAAUUCAGUAGGAGUGGCCAUCUUCAAUUGCAUUGGAGAAUCCAUACAGCAGAGAAACCCUUUGAAUGCUCAGUGUGUGGAAAGAGAUUCCGUCGGAGUAGCAAUCUUCAAGUGCACCAAAGAACCCACACAGGGGAGAAACCUUUUGAGUGUUCAGUGUGUGGAAGGAGAUUCAUUGCAUGGGGGAGUCUUCAACGGCAUGAACGAACACACACUACGGAAAAACCUUUUGAAUGCUCAGAGUGUGGAAAGAAAUUCGGUCAGAAUUUUAAUCUUCAGCAGCACCAAAGAAUCCACACAGGGGAGAAACCUUUUGAAUGCUCAGAGUGUGGAAAGAGAUUCAAUCAGAGUGGCAAACUUCAUCUGCACCGAAGAAUCCACACAGGGGAGAAACCUUUUGAAUGCUCAGAGUGUGGGAAAAGAUUCCGUUGGCGAUGGUGUUUUCAACUGCACCAAAGAACCCACACAGGGGAGAAACCUUUUGGUUACUCAGAAAGUGGAAAGAGAUUCAGUCAGAGUGGCCAUCUUCAGCUGCAUCAGAGAACUCACACGGGAGAGACUUUUUGAAUGCUUAGAAUGUGGAAAGAUUCAGCAACAGUGGCAGUCUGCAGGGUGAAGAAAAACAGCUAACUUGCAUUUGAAGUUGUCCCUGAAACUUUCUAUGUAUUCAGCUACGAUGGACCUCUAUCACUCCCCACUGUGAGGCUGAUUUCUGUGGCAAAAUUCUGUUACUUGCUCUGACUGAACAGCCCACGUUGCUUGUUAAUAUCUGUGGUUUUGAUAGUCUGUUUGUCCCACCCUAUCACACCAUAUAUAAUUUGGCUUUGGGCUCAGCCCAGGAACUUUUGGGGGAAAACCCAGGAGCCCUCUUGGUGUUUUUUUUUUUUUAAACUCCAAAUUUUUAUUUUAUUUUCAAAUAAUUCCAUACAAAAGGUAGAAACAUUAUAAUAAUACAUAGACCAAAACUUAAAAUUAACCCAAUUCAAAAAUAGGGAGAAAGAGAAAAAAAUUUUUUUUUAACCUAUUACUACUCCAAAUCACACAGCCAGAUCUUGAAGCCCUUCAUAAGCACUAACUAUUAAUACAAAAUAAAAUUCAAAUACUUUUUUGGCAUUCUAUUCUUUUUUGUCGAAUUAGCAUUUACUAAAUCAAGAAAGAUAAACCAUUUUUCUACAAAAUGUUCUCCUACUUUGGGAUUAUCACUAAGGAUAAGUCGAGAAGCGAUUUUAUCCUGUAUUACAAUGUCCCACACUUUUUGGAACCACAGGGUUAUUGAAGGGAUCUUUGCGAUUUUCCAAAAUUUUGCCAAAAGAGUUUUUCGUGCCAAAAUCAGUAGUGAAAUUAGUUCUUUUUUUUUGUCUGGAAUAAUUAUUAUUCGGCCAAUAAUUAAGUAGAAUAGAUUCUGGGGUACGCAGAAUGGUUUCCUUAACAAUGAUUUCAAUUUUAUUUAUCAAGGUAUUCCAAAAGGUUUGAACUUUCUGGCAGGUCCACCAACAAUGAAGAAAGGAUCCAAUUUCACAUCCUUUCCAGCAAAGAAAACCAUAACCUUGUCGCGCAUGACCCAAAGAAAGAGGAGUCAAAUACCAGCGAGAAAAUAAUUUAUAUUGCUGUAAUUUAAAGUUCGUGCAUCUAGAUCUGCAGAUUGGAGACAUCCAAAUCGUGGACCACUGUUCUUCAGAUAAAUCAAUAGAGCAAUCUUUGCUCCAAGCAUUCUGUUGUGAUGAAACCUGCGACCAAUUUUUCUGAUUUAAUAAAUUAUAUAAUUUUGAAAUUA